GGAAGAUAUGGUACAGAUUGCAAAGAGGAUUGUCACUGUGAAAAAAUCGAGUCAUGUAAUCAAAUCAAUGGACACUGUUUUGGGUCGUGUGAUCGUGGAUAUUAUAUGGAUAAAUGUCCAACAAAUGAGCUUGUAAGACCCGGAUUUACCAGGGCAGACAGUAGUUCUGUUGAUUACGGUGGAUAACCAAGCAAGACAGUGGAUGGAGACUUCAGACAAAACCCCUAUAUAUACUGCAUGCAUACAACACCCGGAUACACAGAUGCCUGGCUUAGGAUUGACCUUAGGAAGCUAUACAAUAUCAGCUCUGUCAAGUUUUGGUAUCGAAAUGACGGAUUAGCAAAAACAAAAAGGAUACAAGGGUAUAACAUGCGUCUCUCAAACACAACCCAAAGUAACAGUCAGCAAAUAUGUUUUCAAGACGCUGGAAAUAAAACCCUUCCAUCAAUUAUCGAAAACAACUGCAAAGGAGAAGCGCAGUACGUAUGGAUUUACACUAAUAAAAGUCUCACCGAUGGAAUAGUCCUGGAAAUAUGUGAAGUGCAGGUCUUUGGUUGUUCGUACCAGGAAAGUAGUGGGCCUUGUGUGCGUUGCAACCAGUGUAGGAAUGACUGCAAUGACAAUGGGGAAUGUGAUGAACAGGGUUGUAUGAUGAAUGGUUAUCUUCCUCCAUUUUGUAAAGAAUGCAAAGAUGGACAUUUUGGUAAUGAUUGUGAUCAUCUCUGUGGACAUUGUGCAAAUAAUGUUACAUGCAAUAGCACGACUGGUUCCUGCCCUGGAAACUGUGCACCUGGGUGGAAAAAUACAAGAGGCAGGAAAUGUAAUCGAGAAUGUGAAAAUGGAUCCUUUGGCUUAGAUUGCCGAUAUAAUUGCAGUGGACAUUGUGCAGAAAGUAAGCCAUGCAACAAAAUUAACGGUACUUGUGAAGGAGGGUGUGAAGACGGAUGGAUAUAUCCCAACUGCAGUAAAAGCUGUAUUGAUGGUUCUUACGGCAAGAAUUGUAGUCGUCACUGUGGACAUUGUUUAAACAAAGUUACCUGUCAUCACGUGACAGGUUAUUGUCCAAAUGAACUCUGUGAACCAGGAUAUAAAGAAAGGGGAUGUAAUGAAGAAUGUGAAAACGGAUAUUUUGGCAAUAACUGUAGAGAAGCAUGUAGUGGACAUUGUGCAGGGAAUGUGCCAUGCAAUAAAACUGACGGUACCUGUCCAGGAGUAUGUGCAGAUGGGUGGAUGAAACCCCGGUGCAAUGAAACCUGUCCAAAUGGUUUUUACGGCAAGAAUUGUAAUAUUCCCUGUGGACAUUGCUUGAACAAAACAAGCUGUGAUCACGUGACAGGUCACUGUCCUUCUGGACAUUGUGAAGCAGGGUAUAAAUUUAAUGAAAAGAAAUGUGAUGAAGAAUGUGAUGCCGGUACUUUUGGAUACUACUGUAGGGGAAAUUGCAGUGGACAUUGUGCAGGGAAUAUGACAUGCAAUAAAACUGAUGGUACUUGCCCUAGAGGGUGUGCAGAUGGAUGGAGAGAUUCCUCUUGCAGAGAAAGUAAAAAUGAAAUUCGAUAUUUAUAAAUAGUAAAGUAAACAUGCAUCUUUAUAAAAUCGUUUUUUUUCAUUUAUUAUAUAUAAACAAAUUAAGAGCAUCGAAAUUAGACUUUCUGUUUGUAACGUAUGCAUUUUUAAACAUAAGGUAUUAAUAAUAAAAAAAAAUAUGUUUCACAAUUGCUAUUAAAAGUCAAAAUCAGCAAGCAUCGAGCAUUUAGUUAAAGAAUAUGGAAAGUGGCAUAGAAACAGAUUUGGUUAAA